ACUAGCAGCUUUGGUCUUACUUGGCCCUGGUUAAGAGUAUUGUUCCUAUCUACUACUUGUGUUCGAUACCAAGAGAAAUCUCUUCAGAUGAAGUCCACAAGCAAUGCUCUGUUGGACUUGGAGGGGGGAAGCAAAAGCUCUUUCUCAUCCUUCGAAUCAAAACUUUUGAUCUGCAACGGGGGAGUGAUCUGCAGUCACAAAUUUCCAAACUUAAUCCGACUAUCAAGAUGCCUGAGAUCUCUUCAACUUCCCAGAGCCAAGUUCUAGACAAGGUCAAGAAUUUCUUGGGAGUGUUAUCAGAAGCAAACAAAAAACUGGAGGUUGAUGCAAAGGAAAAUCCUAAAAAGUAUGAUAUAGAAGAACUCACCCGGGAGGAUUCUGAAUACAUAGAAAUGAAUUUAAUAUUAGGUGUUGCAGAGCUUUAUUCCUCUGAGGCUGUUGCUGCUGCUGAGUCUGCAAUAGCUCAUCAGCAACCAGUGAUUCCAUUAGCUUCAAGCAGUAGCGCAACCACCAAUGUUGAUGACAGUAGCGACGAAGAUGAUAGUUGACCUCUCACAGCACUAUUGGUCCUUGGAGUGUUGGAUGAACAGUGUUUUUUUAAAAUUAAAUAGUUAUGGCAUGUAGUUACUGCUUUGAGUGUGGGCGCUGAUGUGAUGCAAAACUAAGCAGUAACUAGGGAAGCAUAGAUGCUGGGGUUUAAACAAAUGGAGACAGUUGACAGAAAUGGAAAAAAAUGGAUAAUAAAGCUCCAAGCAAAAGUGACGUAAAACACCUAAUGUUUAGUCUGGUGA